AAGUCAUGAACCUUGAUGACAUGACUAGAAAAAAACAGGAUUUGUAAUAUGGAAACAAAAACUGCCAACAUUGUUCUACCACAAUAGAAAAUUAAAAGGGAGUGAAGUCUUGCAGUGCGUUCACUCUUUGACCACCUUUGGACUUAAAUGUCUGAUGAUUUUUUUAUUGCAUUUCUGAAGAGAAUAACUGAGAACAAUGUUUUUCAUCCUCCUGGUGUUUUCUUUGAUGAGUUUUCUAUGCGACUUCCAUGUCUCCAGUUGUGAUGAAAACUGUGCAGAUAAACCUGUGUUCACACCGUCCAGACUGGUAGUGAAACAUGGUGACCCAACCUCUGCCACCUGCUCUGUAAAAAAUGUUUAUGAUAUUUUUAAUUUGGAAAAAUCUCUGGGAGACCUUAAAACAAAUGGAACAGAAAUUUUAUGGAAGGUUGAAAAAAUGACUGAAUGGGACAUGUUUGUCAUGUGCUAUUAUGAACUUGCUGAUCACCAGUGUUGCAGCACGCUGCCUAUAACUGUGUACAAGCCUCCAGACAAUGUGCCCAUCAGCUUUAGGAAUCACUCUGGACCGUUGUUAGAGGGUCAUCAGUACACUCUGCAGUGUGAAGUACACAACGUUGCUCCUGUUGAAAACCUCACUGUGACCUUCUACAGAGGACAGACAGCACUGGGUCAACUACAGUCCAACAACACAGAGAAGAAACCAGUGACUGAGAUCUUCACUCUGAACAUCAACACCAGUAAAGAGGAUGAUGGAGUCCAGUACUGGUGUGUAGCCGAACUGGAACUGGGACCUGAAGGACCACAGCCCCCUAUAGUGCUGUCAUCACAUCAACGUAUCCGUGCCACUGUCCUCUAUAAGCCUCAGCUACUGGUCCCACCACAUCCAGAUCGGAUCACCAUCACAGAAGGAAGCCCUCUACAGCUGAACUGUACAGCUGUUGGAAACCCCAGCCCCUCGUACACCUGGGUGCUCCCACCAUCCAGCCUCCUGCCCUCCAACAGCAAUGUUCUCACCAUCAAAUCUGUAGCUUCUGAGCACGGGGGCCAGUACACCUGUGAAGUCAGUAACAAAGUCGGGAAUGUUACUGUGAUGUUUCACGUGGAUGUCGAAGGUUUGGAGUUAACCUCAACCAAACUGCCACCAAUAACUACAACCUCAAUGACAACAACCACACCAAACAGCAGCACCAGCAGCACACUGAUUCAUAGGUUCAUAAUGUGUUUUAUGCUUUUAUUCUCUGUUGUGGUUUGAGUUCAUACCCAGAGAAGAACAGCUGCAUGUAAUCUCUCUAAAGCUGUCAAGGUGUAUAACUCAUAUUUGAUGUACAUUCAGGCAAUUCUCCUAAUACACUUAGAUGAUAGCUUGUUGUAUAGGAGUGCUUACUUUUUACAAUGUAAUAAUGAUGUUUAACCACUAGGACAUUAUCUUGCAAGUGAGCUGUGUUUAAAUGUUUUUUGCUUUUCUGCAUUUUUAAACAGAAUAUACUGAUAAGUAAUAAUCGAUAAGUUAGACUGGUUAUACUUUAUUGAACAGUUAGUCUUUAUACAGUCAUGCUAGCAGCUCUGUGAGGCUGUGCUGAACCAAAUGCUAACAUCAGCACAAUAUAUAGGUAUAAUGCUUACCAUGUUUACAAAUUAAAGUUCUGACCUUACAUCAACACUAAGGCAAGGUCAGGGGAGAACCAAAGUAAUUACCAUACAUGAUCUGGGAACAGUGAAUGUUUCCACUAAGUUCUGUGCCAAUGUGUCCAAAACGUGUUGAUAUAUUUUACAAAAUAAGUGAGGACUUUUACCUGCUGCUGGCAAUACAGAAAAAGAAAGGGCAUCACCAAAGUCAUUAGGAUUCAUCCUCUAGGGAUCAUGAAUGUUUGCACAAAACUCAAUAGCAAUCCACCUAAUCACUGUUGAGAUGAGGCCAAUUUAGGCGGACAGUGUUGCACUUGGUUAUACACGUGAUAAUGACAGAAAUAGUUGUGUAACAAACUAAAAAAAGACAGCCUCAGAAAGACGUUCAAAUCAUCCUUUAAAUCAGAGAGGUGGAGGUGUGGGGCUGUGUAGGUUCUGAAGGUAUUUGACCAUCCAACAAGCAGCUGUGAUGAAGUUUACUGUCCAAUAUUGGCUUUAAUUACAGCUGUUAUUGUUGUUUAAUUAAUUUGAUUAAAGGCAUAAAAUUUAAUCCCUUAAAGCACACCCCCAACCCCGUCCCCUACCCCUAAACCCUAACCCCGACCCCAGACUCUAACCCAACUCCCCUUAGAAGUUAAAUGCAUCCUCCCUUCUUGAUUCAAGGCCACAGUGUAGACCUACAGUAGUUAAUGUGCAGUUACGUUAUUCUUCACCACAGCCUGGUAAAACCCUUUGAUGCAACACUAAACUUUUAUCACUGGAAGGUUGUGUCGGCAGUUUGAGGAACUUGUUUAUGUAAAUUUUAAUAAAGUGUUUCACACAGUUUUCAAGAAGAGAAGGGCUGUUUAAAGUCUCCAAAUCAAUCCUAAUAACAGUGUAAUCAGGGUUGCAGUACUAUUAAAUUAUUUAGCCUAAUACAUGAUGUGAUGGGAGGGAAGGAUCACGUUGUGUUUUUGGGUUCAAAUUUUUCUUUAAUGAUUAGUUUACACAUUGAUAAUAAAAAAUAAUAAUAAUAACUGA